CCAUGGGCUGCUGAGAGGCCAGGGCAGCCACAACUGGCAACUCCGGGGAGCGCAAGCAGGCAGCCCAGGGGGCGUCUCCCUCACCCCACAACCUUCGAGCAGGAGCCUCCAGCCCCUGACCACCCCCUCAGAGGUGCUCUGAUGACCACAAGCAGCUCAGGGCGUGUGGACAGACACCAGCAGAAGGGACCCUCGGCGCGGGCCAGCAGGCGGAGCCCCCAGGGCCAGGCAGGGCAGCACCAGCUGCCCACCUCGACCCACGCCGGCCGGCCCGGUGCAGCCCCUCUGAGCAGGGCAGCGAGCGAGGCAGACGAUGACAUCCCCGCCCUGCACAGUCAGACCAGACCUCCUCUCCCGCCUUCCGCUGACCUCGCUGAGCCUCCGCCCCGCUGUCCACCUCCGGGCCCUCGCACAGGCCACGCCUUCUGCGCGGGACACCGGCGUCCGCCCCCUCGACCCGCGCGCGCGUCUUUGCUGACAUGUCGCCGUCAUACGAGGCCUUCCCCGAGCCCUGCCCUCAAAGCACUUACUUCCACCUGAUAAGCCCCCCACGGAAGGGAUAUUUGUAUCUCGCUCCAGCUGCACCCUUUGCAGGGCGUGGGUCCCGUGGGCGCACCGCUCUCCGUGCCUCAGUCUCACCCAGGGGACCAGAGAAGUCCUGAGGUCUGCGGCUGAGGUGCGCUGGGGCCUGACAACCCCAAAAUAAUCAACAGAAACCAGAUCAUCACCCCACGUGGGCCCGGAGCUGGCCUAAUCCUGCAUUCGGUUCUUUAUUCAUUCAACAAACAUUUGUUGAGCCCCCACUACAUGCUAGACCCGGGCUGGGUGCAAGGCCACACCAGGAAAACGACAGACCCAGGCCCGCGAGGAAAAUGGGGGCCUGGACAGAUCCCACAGCUGGGGGGUAGGCAGAGGCAGAGGCAGAUAUCCAAGUAACCGAGAAAUAAAGAAUUUACAAACGAUUGUGACUAUGGAAUCAUUAUCUAGAUGGUUUUCUUUCUAUAUUGCAGACUUGGGGAGACAGAUUUUUGGAUCGACAGGCCAUCUGCUGUCCUGCUUCACAUGUAGCAUUAAACUCGUUGUCUCUUUGAAACCCCAGUGUAAUGGUUUGGCUGUUGUGUGCAUUGGGCAGAAAACCCACCGCUUUUGUUCUGUAUCACCCCUAGCCUCAUGAGGCUGAGUCAGAGGGUGGGGCCCCAGGGGUGGGCA